AUGGCAAGUAGCAUUCCUUCAUAUGUGUCUGAUAGCCCUACCAGCGUUAUACAAGAGAAUGACGAUUAUCGAGUCAACCGCUUAGCAGCUGAAUUAAUAAAUAGUGACGUAGUCAUUCGACAGUCGAGUCAACUUCAAGAACUGAUUGCUGAUCACGAAAGUGUACAAUCUGCUUUACAAGCAAUGGGUCCCAGCACUCCUUUCCUGGAAAGAAUCAACAGUAACUCAACAACUCAUCUUGACAAUAUCAUCGACAGUGCUGAUUCUUUGAGAAGUAUUGGUAGAAUAUGUCGUUCCCUUCAAAAUGAAAGUUUAUCACAGGAAGCUGUUGAAGUUGUCAACACUGAAGGUCGAAAUGUGGUAACAAAUCUUUUCAGUAUUUGUUCAAGAACUGUAAGAGAAGUUCAACAGAACACCCAUGCACUUGAAGCAGCAAUAGCGGAAAAUGAACGAACAAGAGCUGAUCCAAUAACAAAUGAAUUACUUCAACAACAACUUGAAAUCACUAAAAAUAUUUCAGUUGAUCCUCGACAGGCCUAUCGACAGAUGCAAGAAGCCGUGUCAAUUGGCGAUCAAUUGCGAAAUCAAAUUGAAAGAGUUGAACCAAAUGAGAAUGCAAGUGUGCGACCGGUGGCAAAUCGUAAUUCUCAAUAUUUGAAAUAUGCCGCACGUGUCUUUUUCGUAGGUGCAGCUGCGGUGGCUAUGUGCGCUGGUAUUGCGUACUUAAGUCCCAUCGUUACCAGUGCAUUGAGGGUGGCAUCUGCAGCUGUUGUUAGUGGUGAAGUUUCUGGUGACACGGUACCAGCUAAAGUCUUCUCUACCGGUAUUGGACUCUAUUACAUUUUUGGAAGAAAAAGCUCAACUAUUAACACAUAAAUUGUUCGGAACUAUCCAAUACAGUAAUCAUAUUUUUGUAAUAAUAAUUUUUAGGAUUUAUGGGUAGCUUUGUAGACGAUCCCAGAAUAAAGCAAACUAUUGAUGUUAGACGCAGUAGGUGUGAAAAGAGAUAGUUAAUGAAAAGACUAUCUUGAGAAUAUUUUCGACGUCAAAGUCGUGAGAGUCCUUGAAGUUUAAUAUACAGAUACUCCAAAAAGUAUUUGGACACCCCCAUGUUCUUUUGUAUUUCUUG